AUCAGUGUGGCGCUGGAAACGAGUCGAUCAGGACGAUCACUUCCCGCUCAGCAUGAACGCCAAGGUCCUGGUUUUUGUUUUUGCCCUGCUGUCAGUCGCGCUGAUGGCCGAGGCUCAGCGUUUCCCCGGAGGAGGAGGAGGAUUUCCAGGGCGCUUCCCAGGAGGAGGGGGAGGAGGAGCCCGAUGCGGAAGGCGUGUAUGUCCGAGGGGAACCAUAUGCCGCUCCCAGGUUGUUCAAUGCUUCCGAGCGCCUUGCCCACCAAUCCGAACAUGUGUUCGGUUUUAAGGCCCAAGAAUAUCAAGGAUCAAAUCAGCCCUACCAGCCGUAACAAGUCUACUUGCGAAGUAAACGUCGGCAAUCAAAUAAAGUGUUUUCAUGCAUCUCUGCAC